AUGCAGCUCUGGAAGCAUCAAUUGAAGGGAAAGGCCCUCAUAAUUGCGAUCACUGCGGCAUCAUGCCAGGCAUUCCUCCUGCUGGGCUUUGACCAAGGGGUAAUGGCUGGCAUAAUCGGCGCUGACAACCGCUUCGGCCGAGAUUUCGACAAGCCGGGUGCCGUCGGCGGAACUAUCAUGAUUAUUGGGGCGGCGAUCCUGGGGACUUCAUUCACCGUGGCUCAACUGAUUGGGACGGUGACGAUUUUCGGGGUGGUAAUAUCGUACUGGACCGACUAUGCCACCAGCGGUUACUCGUCCUCCUUCCAGUGGCGGUUCCCGCUCUCUUUCCAGGCGGUUUUUGCCGUGCUUCUGAUCGUGCAGGUCGUCGGCCUUCCGGAGACGCCACGAUGGCUUGUAGCCCACGACCGCCACGAAGAGGCCCGAUCAGUCAUCUCGUCCAUCACCGCUCGCUCACUUGACGACGCCGACGUCGGUCGCACCCUCCUUGACAUACAGUCCCAACUGGUGGAGGAGAACAAGGAGGGCCCUUUCCGCAUCAAGGAGCUGUUCACAUGGGGCGAGCUCCAGAACCUCCGGAGGCUGCUGCUGAUCAUCUCGGUGCAGCUGGGGCAACAAUUCAGCGGGUCCAACAUGAUCAAUUACUACCUGCCGGUGAUCCUGACUGACAGCAUGGGCCUUUCCAGAGACCUCUCCUUGGUCCUCGCUGGCUGUGCGCAGUGUGCCUUCCUGGUGGGGUCGGCCAUCCCGGUCUUUCUGAUGGACCGCUAUGGCCGGCGGCCUCUACUCAUGGCCUGCUCUGCAGGGCUGUGCGUUUGCUUCAUCAUGGUUGCCAUCCUGCUGUCAACCGAUGCCACUGGGCCAGCGAUGCAGGCCAUCGCCUCGGGUUGGAACUGGAUGGCAGUCUUUGCGGUCGUCAAGAUCACGCCCAUCGCCUUUGCCAACAUUGGAUGGCGCACUUUUAUUAUUUUCGCCGUGCUGAACGCCUUCUUUGUUCCUAUGGUGUACUUUUUCUACCCGGAGACCAAGGGGCUGGAGCUUGAGGAUAUACCGCUUCUAUUCAAGCAGGGGGGUCUUACUGGCGGCGUAUUUGCAUCGCGAGGCAGAACGGUCACUCCAGGGCAGCAUGCUCUCGACAUGCACAUCGGCCAGAAGGUGGAGAUGGUGGGCGAGUUCGAAGCUACGGCAUAG